AAUCCAACUACAGGACUCCAAACCUGCCAAUGAAAAAUUUGAAAGCAAGUGCUAUAGUUUGGUUUGAUUUGAGAGCAAGUAAUAGAAUAGUUGAAUACUCUCAGUGGUAGCAAAUCCAUCCACUUUAUUAAGCAAGUUAAGGAAUGAGUAGGUGAGGUUUACCUGCUGGAUUUGAAGGAUGCCCUUCCUGCCUGCUUUGGCAAAAGGAAGUCUAAGGUUAUUUGCCUUUGAAUAGGAAAACCCCAAUAUGGGGAGAAAAGACUCAGUUAACCUGGACAGUGUUACCCAGGGUUGUGAAAACAGCUCAGUGAUUUUUGAGAGCUGGUCAACUCGUGAGCCUGAGACUUGAGUUCCUCCAUCCCACAGUGAAACCUUACUGCAGUACAUGGAUGUCACAGAAACAAAAGAGGACUGUGUGCAAUGGACUGUGAGUUUGCUGAAUUUCUUGGUUUAAAUGAUUAUCAAGUUUCUCAACAUAAAGCACAAAUAACUCCAUAGCAAGUGACGUAUUUGGUAUAUGAGAUUACAGCUGGACUUCAAACCUUAAGGACUAUCAAGAAAGAAGCCAUCUGCCAAGCCCCUGAGUCACAAAGUGCCAAGGAACUUCAUACGUUCCCAGGAAUGACAGGAUGGUGCCAACUGCGGAUACACAGCUAUGGACUGUUGGUAAAGCCAAAAUUUUAUAUGAAAUGUGGAGGCAAGGAGGGCAUUCCCUCAGCUGAAAGAAGAACUCAUGAAGGCCCCUGCUCUGGGGCUACCAGACAUGACUAAUCCCUUCUACCUGUUCUCGCAUGAAAAACAAGGAAUAGCCCUGGGAGUCCUUGCCCAGAACCACGGACCCUAUCAAAGGGCAGUGGCACACUUCUCCAAACAGCUUGAUGAAGUGAGUAAGGGAUGGCCGGGGUGCUUGAGGACGGUGGCUGCACUGGUACUCAAUAUUCAAGAAGCCAGUGAAGUUAUGCUAGGCAUUAUAAGAAUAAGAGUUUUAAUAUCUCAUACCGUGUCUGCUGUAUUGGAGGUAAAAGGGGGGCACUGGCUGUCAUCCCAAAAGUUACUGAAAUACCAGGCCAUCCUGAUACAGCAGGAUGAUGUAGAAAUAAUUGUAACUAAUAUUGUCAACCCAGUAUCUUUCCUUAGUGGAACUCCUGGAGAACCAGUAUUUUAUGACUGCUUUGAAACAACUGAAGCUGCAUAUUCCAGCCAGUCGGACCUGAAGGACAAACCCUUAGUAGAUGCAGAAGACACCUGGUUUACCAACAGUAGCAGUUUUGUGAGACAAGGAAACCGUAAGGCAGGAUAUGCAAUAGCUGCUACUGACAAGAUAAUGGAAGCACAACCAUUACCUGUGGGGUCUUCCCCGCCCUCCCUGAAAUAACUACCUGGACAAGAGUCUUAAUUAUAUGGACAGAUGUUAAUUAUGUGUUUGCGAUGCUACACGCUCAUAGUACCAUCUGAAAAGAGCAAGGAUUGCACACCCAAGGAAAACAGCAUGAUGUAAAUCUACCAAAGAGCGUAUUAUAUUAUUUAUUGUA